AUGAGCGAGGAUUUGGAUCAAAGACCAGCGAAAAGACAGCGCUUCUUUGUGGAUGAUGCUGUAUCUUCUCCAGGCCCAGACGCAACAAAAGCACACGCGUCGCUACCGCGAUACCACCCCGGAAUCGAGGGUCAUGGCGAAGAGCAGGAUGGCCAGGAGAAUAUCCCUGAGGAACAGUCCCCUAGGGAUGGCAAAUCUUCGAUAGAUUCCACAGCAAAACCGGCUCCUCCCUUUGCGACCGAGAUACCAGACACUACAAUGACGGAUUCGACCUCGGUACCUUCGCUACAAAAUGGAAAGACGGGCUCACAUACGGACGAAUCUAUUGCUGUAAAGAGUGAAGCCCUAGUUGCGGACUCAACCGGUUUCGAUGUGGAGCUUUUUACCAGUAUCGUGGGAGAAAGACUCCCUUCGGAUUCUAUUCAAACCAUCCAAACCGCAGCCUCGAACAACAUCGAAAGAGCCGUGAACAUAUACUUCGAUGGAUCCUGGAAGAAGUCCUUGAAGCCUAGUUCCCAGAUAAACCCUAUACCUAUUCGCGCGGCCUCUUCUGUACAGCCAGACCCCCGCGCUGGAGUGUCUUCUCGCCCCGUCAACGAUGGCCUCUCUUCGGGAUAUGACUCUUUGUCGCGAAAGUUACCCCCCUCAAGGUUCAUCGGAGCAUUUGGUGUGGGUGGCUGGGCAACUCGGAGCGGGCCUGCCUUACUGAAGCAUGGGGACCGGGUGAAAAUCGAGCGUGCAAGGUCACAACCAACUACCAAACGUGUUCGUGGAGGCAAAACUAUGAUGAACCAUAAGGGCGAUGUCUUGACACGAUUCACGAAUUCUGCCGGGCAAGAAGUUGGUAGAUUGCCACAUGAGACAGCAGAGUGGGUUUCUACCCUGAUUGACCAAAAGAUCUGCCAUUUUGAAGGUGUUUGCGUCUUUAGUGACGACAGGCUACGAGUCAACGAUACCAUCUAUCUACAGUUGCAGUGUUUUCUUCGUAGAGAAGUGUUUCAAAGCGAUUUAUUCAAAGGAUCGACAACCGAUGAUAACAGAUCAGUCGGUCUCUUUGAAGAAAAAGAGAAUAUAGAGGAGAGAAACCUACGACUCCGACAGGUCUCUCUCGUCAAACUGUUCGAUGCAAUCGAGCUCAAGCCCACAUCGACAAACCCCGCCACCGAGAAACACAAAAAGAGUGGAAUUCUCCGGGCUGCCGAGAUGGCAGAGCAGUACGACGGUGUCAAAAAGGAGAAAUCCAAAGGCUCCAAAGACCCCGAGGACUCUUCUGAAGAGGAUGAUACGCCCGAACUUGCCCAAGAUCAGCUUGAUGCGUUGUAUCGGAAAGCCCAAUCAUUCGACUUCAACAUGCCGGAGGCUCAGCCCGCGUCAACAUUCCGAAUGAAUCUUCGAAAAUAUCAGAGGCAGGCUCUUCACUGGAUGCUUUCGAAGGAGAAAGACCGAAAGCAGACUGCUGAACGUUCAAUGCAUCCGUUGUGGGAGCAAUAUAAGUGGCCAGUCAAAGACAGUGAUGAUAAAGACCUUCCUGUAUUCGAAGGAAUCGACCAUUUCUAUGUCAAUCCAUACUCAGGAGAUCUCAGCGUGGAUUUCCCAGCUCAAGAACAACACUGCCUAGGUGGAAUCUUAGCAGAUGAAAUGGGACUUGGAAAGACGAUUGAAAUGAUGAGUCUUAUCCAUUCCCAUAGAAUCGAGCCUCCCCAAACUUCAAACAACAUGAAUUCUGUGAACGACCUUGCCCGAGUACCGCACUCAACAGGUAUAGUUCCUGCGCCCUACACAACUCUGGUCAUUGCUCCUACGUCACUACUUUCGCAGUGGGAAAGUGAAGCUUUGAAAGCGUCGGAAGAGGGAAGCAUGCGUGUUCUCAUGUACUACGGAGCCGAGAAGGCCGUCAAUCUACGAGAUAUUUGUUGCGAAUCCAAAUAUGCAUCUGCACCUACCGUUAUUGUAACCAGUUUCGGUACUGUGCUAUCCGAAUUUCGCUCUCUGGCAUCUCAAUCCAUAAUGUCAGCCAGUGCACACGGUGGCUUGUUCUCCGUUGAAUUCUUCCGCAUCAUUAUCGAUGAGGCCCACACCAUCAAGAAUCGGCGCUCGAAAACUACUAAAGCAUGUUGUGAGCUCAAGACCACCCAUCGAUGGGUGCUCACUGGUACGCCUAUUGUCAACCGGUUGGAAGACUUGUUCAGCCUAGUGCGCUUUUUGAAGGUUGAACCAUGGAGCAACUUCUCAUUCUGGAAAACAUUCAUUACUGUUCCAUUUGAAUCGAAGGAGUAUAUCCGGGCUCUCAAUGUUGUACAGAGCGUCCUUGAACCGCUUGUUCUUCGACGAACGAAGAGUAUGAAAACACCAGAAGGUGAACCAUUAGUUCCUCUGCCAACUAAAGUCGUCAACAUCGAGGAAAUUGAACUCCCUCAAAAAGAGCGAGAAAUUUAUGACUGCAUCUAUAAUCGGGCCAAGCAAACUUUCAACGACAAUGUGGAGGCUGGUACUCUUCUGAAGUCUUACUCGACCAUUUUCGCACAGAUUCUUCGUCUCCGCCAGACUUGCUGCCAUCCUGUUCUGACCCGGAACAAAGAGAUAGUUGCGGAUGAGGAAGUCGCUGCGGCUGUCGCUGAUGCAGCCAACGAGAUGAAGGACGAUAUGGACCUUCAGCAAUUGAUCCAACAAUUCACUGCCGCGACUGCAAAUGCUGAAUCCGAAGAUCGGUCCGUCAAGUUCACUGCACAUGCCCUUCGUCAGAUUCAAACCGAGUCUAGCGGAGAGUGUCCUAUCUGCUGUGAAGAGCCCAUGAUUGAUCCUGCAGUAACUGCAUGCUGGCACAGUGCAUGCAAGAAAUGCCUUCAAGACUUUGUUGCGCACCAGAUGAACAAGCAGGUCGACCCACGAUGCUUCUCAUGUCGAGCUCCAAUUGACGCCAAAAACAUCUUCGAAGUCGUUCGCCAUCCGUCUUCCAACCCAACGGCAAUGGAUGGUUUCGCUUCUAGCGAAACGGCAAUAAACGCCUCACAGCCUGCUCCACGUAUCUCUCUUCGUCGAAUCAAUCCGCUCUCACCAUCUGCACAUACCUCCGCCAAGAUCCAUGCGCUGAUCAAUCAUCUAUCGCGGGUUCCACCGGGCACAAAAUCAGUUGUGUUCUCCCAAUUCACGUCAUUCCUCGAUCUAAUCGGCCCCCAACUCACUCGCGUCGGCAUCAAGCACGUUCGCCUUGAUGGUUCCAUGGCCCAGAAGCAGCGCAAGCAGGUCUUGGAGCAAUUCACCAAGGCCGAUACUUAUGAGGAAGAGAUAGUAGACUCUGAGGCUGAUGAGAAUGGCCAAUCUUCAUCCUCUAAACAGCCUCUCACAGUCCUAUUGAUCUCUCUUCGUGCUGGUGGUGUCGGUCUCAACCUCACGGUAGCAAGCAAUGUCUUCCUCAUGGAUCCCUGGUGGAGCUUUGCUGUGGAAGCCCAAGCGAUCGAUCGUGUUCACCGUAUGGGCCAAACACGCGAUGUCUCCGUCACGCGGUUCGUUAUCAAGGACUCCAUUGAGGGGCGGAUGCUGCGCGUUCAAGAACGCAAAAUGAAUAUUGCCGGCUCACUUGGACUACGUGUCGGCGGUGAUGAAGGGGAUGAUAGCAAGAAGGAACGGAUUACGGAGCUGAAGAUGCUGUUCGAGUAG